CCUUGGAGCUAAGCAUGAAUCUGAUAUCGGAGGCCGACGGGCCGAAGACCAAACGAAUGAAAUCUGAGAACGACGAAAGGAGAUCGUGCGAUCAGAAGGAAGAAGACGACGUACGGGAAAAUGUGGCCGAAGGUAUUUCUGAUGCGAAAGAGAUUUCUCAACAGGAGGAGCACGAGAGAUCAGUGGAUAGCGAUAACGAGGCUUCGGCGACCGUCGACAGCGACGACGAGUCGUUCACGUUUCCUCCCGACGAGGAUAUUACCGACAUGUUAGACGAGGUGCAAUAUAACGGAUAUUUUCCUACGGUUACCGAUCGCUAUUUUACCCCCUAUUACAAAACGGACGUACAAUCGCCUGGAGACGACAUGUGCGUAUGGAUUCACAGUAAUCGUAUCUGCAUGCUGUCCUUGGCGCCUAGUCAUGUGAUUUUGCGAAGCAACAAAGGUAUAGAGAAGGUUGACUUUAGGGUCAGCGACAAGUUGGAUAGAUCCUUAAACAAAGUCUCGGGAAAGGGUAAACACGGCGCGCAGCCAUUGCAGACUAACUCGAAUGUCUGUACCAUAUCGUGCCUGGACGGGCAAACAUACGUCAUCAAGUGCUGUAUGAUAGGAAAGUUGGUGGAAGUUAACGAGGCGUUGUCAGAGGAUCCGCAACUUCUCAAGGGACCGCCGCAUAAAGGUGGAUAUUUGGCUAUAAUAUUGCCGAAUAUAAAACUCUUGGAAAGUUUAAAGCAAUCUCUGUUGACUCACGAACAAUAUAUUGAACUUGUUGAAGAAAGAGAAAAGAAGUGACGUAGUAAUAAAUGAAAAUUUUAUCUAUUGACAGCUGUUAUUGCUGAGAAAUGAUUUGGUCAAUUUAAUAACAGCAAUGAACAAUUUAUGAGAAACUAGGUAGCAAUUAUUAGAAUUGGAAAUAAUUAAGAUUUUGGAUGAAUAAAUUAAUUUGACUUUCUUACGUAUAUCCUAAUUUUCUUCUAUCCUUGUUUUAUUCUAAGAUGUUAUUAAUUAUCUUAACAAUCAUACAAUCGCUGUUUUCUAAUAUUGAUUUUGUUCAUAUAUCAAGAUCCAUUAUUUUGUUAUUUCAUAAAAAUGAGGUAAACACGGUUAAACCAUAAUACUGAUGGUACGAUUAAAUCUAUACGCUUGAAUAUAUGCUUGAUUUAUAAUACCUCAAGUAAAUAUAAAAAUUUCUAUAUUUGAAAU